CCGGAAUUCUCAUCCACGUGAUCCAGUGUCUCCGCGGCCACCACCUCACAAUUACCCGAUUAAGACAUCAGUGUAAUGAUCUUGGCUACGCAUGCUGGAGAGUAUAAAAGGAGGCGGUCCCGUGCAGAAUUGAGGCUCUUUGCCGCACUUACUUUGCCAUUCGUUCAAAGUCAAUCGCUAUAAAUAGUGUCGCCAUUAUCAUUCGUUCCAAUUCGCUCAUUGUUUUUCCUAAAAUCCAACGAUUCAUAUUGUUUAAAAACCAAAAAAAGAAGUCAUUUGCAAUAUCCACUGAGAAGUAUUUCCUAACUCUAGCUAAUCUUUUCCUCUCCCUCUUCCCCGUCCUUGUCUACUGAUCUAGGUCCAUGGGAAGGAUGGUGAAACUUCUUCCCUAUCUCCUCCCGGCCGUGGCCGCGCAUCUCUUCGAUUCCCAGCUGUCUAUACCGUUGGAACCGGACGAACCGCACGCCCUCGUGCCGCACCUUUUGCCAAGGCAGAUUCCCGAUCCCACUCCUCCUCCUGAGGAUUCCCUUCCGCAAGGGUGGGAGUACGCUGGUUGUUGGUCCACGCCUCUCGAUCCUGCCACACAACUGUUCCGUGACUACACUCCUCAAGGCUACUAUCUUGCUCCAUGGGACUACACUUCGUUCACUAACGCAGCACAUGCAGUAACCUGCAUUGACUUCUGUAACGUUAGGAGCUACUCUUUCGCGGGUACACUUCAAGGCGAUAGAUGCUGGUGUGCGCAUGCCUUACAGGGGCCCGGCGCGCUGUCGACAAAUAAUGCGCUCGUCAACUUCGGUUGUGAUGCUCGCUGUACGGAUCCCGCGUUUACCAACGAAGCUUGCGGCGGCGCUUCAUUCGUCUCGGUCUACACAAACCAUGCCCCGUUUGCCUAUCCUCAGCCUGCAGCCCAGAACAGUCUCCCCGAACGCUGGGAGUACCUUGGAUGCUAUGUCGCCCAAGACGACAACCCCCAAACAUUGACCCUUGGCGGCGCCGGUACCAACUACGAAGAGGACAUCACGGCCACGACGUGCAUUGAAUACUGCCAGACGGAGGCCGUCGGCGCGCCCUUCGAAUUCGCCGGCACCACCAAUCGAGGAUACUGCAGCUGUGGGAAUCAAAUCACAGGCGGGACGAGCAGACUCCUCCCGCCCGACCCGUCGGGCACAGAGCCGCAGUGCGUCGCGCCGUGUACCGGCGACGAUAGCCAGGUGUGCGGAGGGAACAAUCGCAUCACGAUCUAUGGGAUCGAACCGCCAGAGGUACGUCGUGAAUCUCUUUCCAAAGACUGCUAUUUGUGUGUUUCUGUUCUCUGCUCUCACGGUGAGUAUCGUUGUUUUCCUUUUGUGUCGAGGUAGGAGUGGAGGAAUUGGGAUGGUGAAGUUGAGUGGAGGCAUUCUUAAGCGUUCUAUGUUUGAACUCGAUGGGCGUAUGUAUGUUCGGGUAUAGUGGGAUAUUCAUAAAAGCCUCUGUAUUGCUUCCGAGCUUCGGGUUUUAUUUCUAUGGGAGUUUUGAUUAAGUAGAUGGCAGAUUGCGAAGGUGGCGAAAUGCAAGUUGGCCUGGUCACAACAAGAGAAUUGAUUCACACAUGUUCCUAAUGUAAUUAGAGGGAUGAGCAGCUUGUCCCGAGCUCUUACAACCAAGUCACUCCCUCGUGUUAUCUGCUCUGUCAAUGUAGCUACUAG